GUCACUUUCCUACCUCCUGUUCUCUUUCUCUCCUCUCCCUCUCUCUCCCUCUUUUUUUUACUUUGUUGACAGCCCUGGUAGGGGCCUUUUGUUACCUCCCCAGCCAAUGAAAGCAUUUUACGACAGAGAACAGUUGGGAUAUAAAAAGAAGGAGUCCCUUUGCUUAGUGCAUGAUCUGUGGUUGCAUACCCCUCCCUUAUAGAGACCUGCACAAGGCAGCUGUCCUCUUUGCACCAGCAGUAGCAGCCCUCUUCAGGACACUGAGCAAUGCUGUCUCAGCGGUCCCCUCUCUUCCUUUGCUUCCUUGUCCUGUCCAUGGAGUUCUCCAAAAGUAAGGGUGAGUCUCUCGUUGAAAAGGGACCCCUGCAGGUGGAGACUUCACUUGGGGAGAAUGAGGAGCAGGGCUGUCGCGUGUGCAAGUGGAGGAAACAGAGUAAGGAUUUUAGGCUGGAGAACAUUAAGGCUCUGAUCCUGAGCAAACUCAGGCUUAAGGAACCACCCAAUAUUACCCUGGAGGUGGUGAAUCAACUGCUGCCCAAGGCACCCCCACUGCAGCAGAUACUGGAUCAGCAUGAGUUUCAGGGAGACUCUUUUCAACAUAAUGCAUUCCUGGAGGAGGAUGAAUAUCAUGCCACUACAGAGACUGUCAUUAGUAUGGCACAGGAAACGGAUCCAGUAGUUAGGCUGGAUGGAAAUCCUCACUGCUGCUACUUUAACUUCAGCCCAAAGAUUAUGUUCACAAAGGUGGUGAAGGCCCAGCUGUGGGUAUACCUGAGACCAGUGCAGCACACCUCCACUGUCUACCUGCAGAUCCUCCGUCUCAAGCCUAUUACAGAGGAGGGGAGUAAACACAUCCGCAUCCGCUCCCUGAAGAUUGACUUGCAUUCCCGCACAGGCCACUGGCAAAGUAUUGACUUCAAACAUGUACUUCAAAACUGGUUUAAGCAGCCAUACAGCAACUGGGGUAUUGAGAUCAAUGCAUUUGACCCCAGUGGAAACGAUCUAGCAGUGACUUCGUUGGGACCAGGGGCAGAGGGGUUGCACCCUUUCAUGGAAUUGCGUGUGAUGGAGAACAACAAACGAUCAAAGCGUAGCCUUGGACUAGACUGUGAUGAACACUCGACUGAAACCAGAUGCUGCCGCUACCCUCUAACUGUCGACUUUGAGGCCUUUGGCUGGGACUGGAUUAUUGCCCCAAAACGUUACAAAGCCAAUUAUUGUUCUGGCCAGUGCGAGUACAUGUUUAUGCAGAAGUAUCCCCACACCCAUCUUGUUCGACAAGCGAACCCACAGGGCUCUGCAGGCCCUUGCUGUACCCCAACCAAAAUGUCACCCAUCAACAUGCUAUACUUUAAUGACAAGCAACAAAUUAUUUAUGGCAAAAUCCCUGGUAUGGUUGUAGACAGGUGUGGCUGCUCUUAAGACUUUGGUCCCCUACUUCUACCCACUCGCCUUUAACUCCUUUCUUUCUCUCAAGGGUAUAAACAGACCAAAAUUUGGGACUGGGGAUGGCGCAUUUUAAUGUUUCCAAUCCCCAUUAUCCUAUACAGGUUAAGCUACAGAUUUGGCACUCUGCAUCUGAUUUCUGCUUUAUAGUUACGUUCUUGCAAUAACUGGUGUUAUCAUUGAAAAUGUCCAGUUGAGAGUUAGUCCAUGGCCAAGGUAAACAAACAUAGCUUCGCAAACCGUGAUGUGCCAUAUUAUGGUAGUAGUAAGAGACCAAGAAUUGUGGUUGGCAACCUAAAAACCAACCUCAGUGGGUACAAUGUGAGUAUAUUUGUUUUAACAUUUUUGGGAACAUUUUAACUCCCAAAACAAUCCUUAGAAAAACUGGGGUACAAGUUGAACCAAAAAAUGUUAAGAUCUAUAUCGCUGUUGACAGCUUUUUAGAUUUUAAAAUGCCUAAUAAUUUUAAUGUCACCCCUUUUAUGUUCUUGGAAUGACAAAUGACAAAUACUGGCUCUCUCACAGUGCAUCACAUUGAUUGCAUUUGUAUUCUGCUAUAUCUACACCCUUUUUCUUCUACCUGGCCAUCUUUAGAAAUCCUCCUGUUUCCUUAGCCCUUGCAACACUCCCCAUUGAGUGAAUAACGUCUUUGUUGUGUCUAAUGUUCUGUGCAAUACAGUAAAAGAAAACAAAGCAUACACAGAGUAAAGUAAAUGAAUAACAAAAGGCCCCAUCAGUUUCAUCAUGAAAUACAAUUAUCCCCUUAAAAUAUGGAAUACAUCUUUCUGAAGAUGUAAUGGGGAAUUAUGAGUGAAAUUUCCAUAAAAUGCAGGGUAGCUAUUAACAUGGGCAAUUUACCUGCAUAUUGCCAUAAAGUACCAAAAAGUGUUAAAGCAUCACACAUGCAGUUUUUUUUUUUAUCCUGAAGGGUAAAGGAAUGUGGAAUUAUAAAGCAUUCUUGUCUUACCAUCUGCCUGGUGUCAAUGCUUCUCAGGGAUUGGACUAACUUUGGGUUUCAGUGAGGUUCCUUAUAAUACUUCCUUGUAUUUGUGGGUCUGUUUUGUGCAAAAUAUGCACAAAAUAAAUACCAUAAAACAACUAGCUAUUCCUGUUUUCAUCAUCCUAGAUUUUCAGGUGUAACUGCAUCCCUCAAUUUGCAGCAUAUUUAACAUGAACUGUCUACUAACAACUCUAUACUUUCACUCCCAGCCUUUCGGUCUUAAUCAUUGGUUGAUCUCUGCACCAUGUUCUUUAUUCCCUACAAAUGUAGUAAAAUUGAUUGUGCUGCAUAUUUAUAUCAUAAGAAGGAUCAUGAUUGUGAGCAUUUUUCAUUUUAACCCAGUUAUUUGCAAUUGUUUUAACAAUUCAGUCCUUGGUAUAUAUUUUCCAACCACUUCCCAA